AUGGCCACUCAGUCCACCAUCCGCUCGAUCAAAUCGGUCGUUCCCCUGCUCGACCGCGUCCUGGUGCAGCGCUUCAAGCCCGAGACCAAGACCUCUUCGGGUAUCUUCCUCCCUUCCUCGGUCGCCUCGUCGCCUCUCCCCGAAGCUAGCGUCAUCGCCACCGGCCCCGGAGCUCCCGACAAGGAUGGCAAGAUCGUGCCCACCUCGGUACAGUCUGGUGACAAGGUGCUCCUCCCAAGCUGGGGCGGCAACUCGAUCAAGGUCGGCGAGGACGAGUACCUGCUCAUCCGCGACUCGGAGAUCCUCGCCAAGAUUAACGAGUAA